AUCGUGAGAACUUUUGAACACGCUAUUAUGCCCCGAAACAAAAACCAGCUCAAAACUCUCUCUUCUUCGUCUCCACAGUCAGGAUUCGUCAAACCCUCCAUCCGUCAAACAUGGAUUACCACAACAAGCUCAUUCUCGCUCCCAUGGUUCGCGUGGGCACUCUCCCACUUAGAUUACUAGCCGCUGAGUAUGGUGCAGAUAUCACUUAUGGUGAGGAAAUCAUCGACCAUAAAAUCGUCAAAUGCGACCGCAGAAUCAAUGAACUCAUUGGAUCCAUUGAUUUUGUGGAGAAAGGGACGGAAAGUGUUGUGUUUAGAACCUGUGAUCAAGAAAAAGAUAAAGUUGUGUUUCAAAUAGGCACAUCUGAUGCUGUAAGGGCCCUAACUGCUGCUCAGUUGGUAUGUAACGAUGUUGCUGCAAUAGAUAUUAACAUGGGAUGCCCCAAGCCGUUUUCUUUGAGUGGUGGGAUGGGUGCUGCUCUGUUGUCCAAACCAGAGCUUAUUAGUGAUAUCUUAACAACAUUACGGAGGAAUUUGAGCCUACCAGUAACAUGUAAGAUUCGACUUCUGAAAUCACCGCAUGAUACAGUGGAGCUAGCCAGGCGAAUUGAGAAAACCGGUGUUCACGCUAUUGCAGUCCAUGGAAGAUACGUCUUAGAUAGGCCCAGAGAUCCGGCAAAGUGGAGUGGAAUUGCCGAUGUUGUGUCAGCAUUAUCUAUUCCAGUUAUAGCAAACGGGGAUGUCUUUGAGUAUGACGAUUUUCAACGCAUUAAAUCUGCUACAGGUGCCUCGUCUGUGAUGGCGGCAAGAGGGGCACUUUGGAAUCCUUCAAUAUUUUCAUCCGAAGGACAAGUUUCUUAUGAGGUUACGGAAAAACAAUAUAUUCGGAAGUGCAUCUUGUGGGAUAAUGAUAUUAGAAGCACCAAACAUACAUUAAGAGAUAUGAAGUCACAUCAUACCUCCCUCGAAGUCCCUGAAUGGAGGGCUGUGAUCAAGUCCGAGUCCACAGCUGAUAUAGCGGAACUCUAUGGUGAGCUAGAAUACUACCAAUUAAUUAAAUCAGAUUCCCACAAAGGGUAUAGAUAAUGUUUUGUAGCAUAAGAAUUCAUGAGGAGGAUAUGUUUUUGCACUUCUCAAGUCAAGAAACUCACACACUACCCAAUUUUUCAAGACACUGGAAUUUGAGUUCAGCCUACAUAUUUAUGAUGGAGGGAGCUAGCUAGACCAGCCAACAUCUGAUAGAGAAUUUGUUCAUGAAACUGUAAUUUUAUUUUAAUUUUAGAGAAUUGCAAUAUUUCUUUUGUAGAAAAUUGUUACAUGAUCAAGAAUGUGUUUGAAUGAUUCAGCAUUCAACCUCA